AUGGAUGUGGACCAGUGUAUGGCACAAGUAAAAAACGGAGAUGUGCUGAGCGAGCAUAACCUCCUCGAGCUCUGUUUUUUGGCAAAGUCAAUUAUGUCGCUCGAGUCGAAUGUAAUUGAAAUCAAAUCGCCUGUAACUGUCUGUGGAGACAUUCACGGGCAAUUCUACGACUUACUCAGAUUGUUCGAGAUCGGCGGGCAACUCCCUGACGUUCAAUACUUAUUCAUGGGGGACUACGUCGACAGAGGCAUUUAUUCGAUCGAGGUGAUCUCGUUUCUUCUCCUUUUGAAGGUGAAAUACCCUGAGCGGAUUCAUUUACUUCGUGGGAACCAUGAGUCUCGGAUGAUCACACAAGACUAUGGGUUUUACGACGAGUGCAUUCAGAAAUAUGGUAACCCGGCUGCUUGGACAAUUUUUAUGGACGUUUUCGACUACUUCUCGGUAUCUGCAGUAAUUGACAACGGAAUUUACUGUGUGCAUGGGGGUUUGUCACCACAACUCAGAACAAUCGACCAAGUCAGGUUCUGUAUCAACAGAAAUGAAGAAGUCCCACACGAGGGUUCAUUCUGUGACUUGAUGUGGUCUGACCCAGAAGAGAAUGAGAAGGGAAUGAGGCUCAGUUGCAGAGGCGCUGGGUACAUAUUUGGGAAAGCACCAGUCGAAGAAUUCUGCAGAGUGAACAAUGUUCAACUCAUUGCGAGAGCCCACCAAUUGGUGAUGGAGGGUUACAAAUAUCAGUUUGACAAAAAAAUGGUUACUGUGUGGUCUGCGCCAAACUAUUGCGGGAGAUGUGGAAACAUUGCGUCCAUAAUGAAAGUCAAUGAAAAACUCGAACAAAAUUUCAUGCUCUUCGACGCUGUUUCGGACGACGAGAAGCCUAUUCCAAAGAGAGUUGUUGCGUCUAUGUUUAACUGA